AUCCUCCCCUGCCUUCUAAUGGAAGACGACGAAGACCCAACGACCAGCUGUCAAACCUCUCCCAGUAACUCCAGUGUCGUGGCGGUCCCUGGGGGUGGUGCGUCCGUCCCUGGGGGUAGUAGGGAGGCCCCUAAGAUAGAAGGCCUCUCUGGCAAAGGCGGAGUGCUGCUGGCAGUUAAGUUUGCAGUGGAGAUAGUGGUGAGGCCGCUGGUCGGGAUCGUGGUUGGCAGGUUUGGCCACAAGUCGCCUCUGCUGGUUGGGUGUGUUCUAGAUGCCGCGGCAACGAUAGCUUUUGCAUUUGUAAAACAAUUCCCUCUGCUGAUUCUGAUACGCAUGGUUCAGGGCCUGGGGUCAAGUGUCACAUAUGUUGCUGCUGUGACAUUACUUGCUGAAAGAUUCAAAGAUAAAAAGGAAAGGACAAAAGCGUUUGCAGUGGCAUUUGGAGGGUAUGCAGUUGGAAUGCUAGGAGGUUACUCUAUGGGCAGUGUGUUAUACCAGCUAUUGGGCAGACUGGCGCCUUUUCUUCUACAGGGAGGUCUCAAAUGUUUUGACGCAGGGCUACGUUUGCUGGUUGUUUGCCCCACAGCGGAGGGUACUGAUGACGACAAUAAAUCGUUUAGGAUCUCAAGGUUUCUCAAUAUAUUAAAAGACCCGUAUAUUAUCCAUGCCUUAGGUUUUGCCUUCGUCGUAAACUUUUCCUACUCCCCAAUAUUAGCAAUGGCGCCACCGUGGCUCCUACAGCGAGGAGCACAGGAGUGGCAAAUAGGUGUAUUAUUUGUGGUCUCAGGAGUUGUCCAGCUUAUGAUGCAAGAAGUUGUAAAGCGACUAUCCAAAAUACUUGAUAAUUGGAUUUUAGCUGCAUCAGGACUGCUCUUAUUUGUAACUGCGUAUAUUUCGUACCCAUGGACGAGGAGUGUUUGGGAAGCUCUGGCACCGAACUGUAUCUUGUGUGCUGGAUUUGCCUUUGUGAUGACAGUCGUGUCGCCAAUAGUAACCAACCUCGUGGAGCUACGUCACAACUCCGAGAUAGCGCAGGUGCUCGGACUUUCCAGCGCCAUGUUGUCUUUGGGGUUCGCUGUGGGAACGUCAGGUACUGGGGCACUUAUGGCCGCUACAACGUUCGAAUGGGCAUGUUACCUGGUUGCCUUCGUGUGUAUCUUAUACGCAUGUUUAUGUCUGAUAAUGAUCUGUCAUCCAGUGCCAGAAGAAUGUACGGAAGAAAAAUCUGAUGGAAAAGCGUACGAAAGAUGUCCUUCCGAUGAAGAAUAAAUGGAUUUAAAAAAAAACUUUAGGUGCUCCGAUAUAAUAGCGUUUCUUAAACAUCAUUUAUCUUUACCACCAUUUAUAUUUGAAAUCUACAACAUUAUCUCAGGUACACAAUAAUAUAGGAGUCAAGUUGUCUGCAUAGAGUUAAUUGGAAUGAAACACAUUUCCUUCG